AUGGAACCAACAACAGAAAACACUCCACUAGUUACAACCACCAAUACCUCUACAUCCGAUAAUGAAGAUAAGAGCACUUCAUACGGCUCUAUAAUAACUUACAUAGGCAAUGACGAGAUAGCUAGCUUAAAUGAAAGCCACGUAAUUCAAAAUAAUCCUGAAGAAGAUGAAGAUGAAAACUACUUGUGGUAUUUAGCAUACGGAAGUGACAUGAACAAAGAAAUAUUCGUCGGAAGACGAGGCAUAAAGCCCAAACUCGCGCGUGCAUGCCACGUGCCCAACUAUUUUCUAUCAUUCGACUAUGAAGUAAAUCCUUACAUGGAACCCACCUUCGCAAAUAUACUCCGUUUCUCCCCACCACUGCCAACUGAUGGCAGCCACCCAAUAAUAACACAAGAAUACGCCUGGGAAGUGCAUCGUCGUUGUAAUACAGGUGUACCGUUUGAAUGGGACGAAACAAAUCCCAUGGAUUCGUUGCCUCCUAUGCUCCAAGGUGUACUUUAUAAAAUCACUAAGAAACAAUAUCAAAGGAUUGUAAUAAAUGAAGGUGGAUGGGGAUGGGAUGAUGUUCUAGUUGGAUAUAAAGAUAUUGAUGUCGAAUGUAUGACGUAUGAUAGAGAGAAAAUUAUCGCAAAAACAUUGAUUGUGAAGCCAGAAUGUGUUUCAAAUGAUUUACAGAUUUCUGAAAGAUACCAUAACAUAUUAAAAGAAGGUGCACGCGAACAUAACAUGGACGUCAACUAUCAAACAUACCUCGCCACAAAAAUUAUGCCAUACAAAAUUACAACCACCAGAAAAAAAAUUGGAAAGCUUACAACCACCAACGAGAUAUCUGGCUUAAAUGAAAGCCACGUAAUUCAAAAUAAUCCUGAAGAAGAUGAAGAUGAAAACUACUUGUGGUAUUUAGAAUACGCCUGGGAAGUGCAUCGUCGUUGUAAUACAGGUGUACCGUUUGAAUGGGACGAAACAAAGCCCAUGGGUGGAUGGGGAUGGGAUGAUGUUCCGUUUGGAUAUAAAGAUAUUGAUGUCGAAUGUGUGAGAGAAAAUUAUCGUUUACAGAUUUCUGAAAGAAGGUGCACCGAGCAUAACAUAGACGUCAACUAUCAAACAUACCUCGCCACAAAAAUUAUGCCAUACAAAAUCACAACCACCAGAAAAAAGGCACUAUUUCUUGUGUUGUUCUUUCCGUUUCUCUUUAUUGUUGCAAUUACAAUGAAGAUUGGUAUGCGUGUGCCUAGACGUUUUGCCGUCUAUAAGUUAGGUUUACGGGAAGGAAUACAUAUGAUGGAUGAUAGAUUAUUUGAGCUGUAUUUUGGAAGUGGGAAUAAUAAUUUGGACGUGUGA